AUGUCAAAAAGAAAGACUUCGGCAGAGACUGAGGGGAAACGUUUCCUUCAUGUGUGUGGCAAUCUGGUCGUAUUCCACGAAAGGGACAAUACAGUCCGCCUUGCUCAUCACACGGUUGGGCAGUUCCUUGACGAACAGAAGAGUCAUCAUUCACAGACCGACGUCAGGAUCGGCAAGAUUUGCUUGACAUACUUGGGCUUCUCUGAUUUCGAGACCCAAGUGAUUUCUGUUGAAAAGAACCAAGACCAUUUUGGUGCACAGCCUUCAAGACAGGCGGGCUUUCCCCUUGUUCCCCAGGUUCUGGGUCUUGGCAAUGGUGUAUACGAUUUCAGACUUGGGCUACAUAACCGGAACAACACGCGGUCAAUUCCAGAUGUCAAUUAUGAUGAGCUCAUGAGAAGAUAUGGAAAAAGGCCUUUGCCGGAAUCAUUGACCCGAAAAUACUGCCUUUUGGACUACGUCAUAGAGAAUUGGAUUUGGCAUGCAAAAGAAUUUGAUACACACACCCUGGAGUCUUGGAGCAAAUUUGAAGAAAUGGUGUUCUACAAAGCCUUACCAUUUGACUUCAAGCCAUGGCACAGUCGAGAAGGACCGUCUAAUCUGCCCCACUUGACAAUGUAUCUUUGGGCCCUCGAGAACAACCACCUUCCUCUCCUGCUUCUUCUCAGGGAUCUUUCUGGUCACCGGUGUCUGAGACCCUACCUACAAUACAGGACCUUGUGCUGGGAUCAAGUGCCACCGCACCUACUGACACGUAGUGCCAGGGUAACCGCAGUUGACUUUCAUCGAUAUCCUGAUGCCUACGAUUGGCCGGCGAUGAACAUCUUUCUAGAUGGGCGAACAGAGAUACAGAUCCUCCAACUCUGUCUGCAGGAAGAUCCAUCGGUCUUCUCAACCCCGCAUAUCAGGGCCCGCGCUUUGGAAGAUGCCAACUUAGGAGUUAUCCAAAGUCUAUUGCGAAGUGGGGCGAACUUGCAAAAGACCGAAAUCGAUGCAACCAAUGCCCUGCAUAUUGCUAGUCGAAGAGGGAAUCAAGAUCUUGUCAAGAUACUCUUGGAUCUCGGUGCAGACGCCAAUUCACGAUCUUCUAAAGAUGAGCGCGGAAGGACUCCUUUAUACGAGGCGCUCGUGAACAAUGGGUCGGGCAAUCCUGACCAUCGCAGGACUUUUUCAUACGAGGCGCUCAUGAACGAUGGGUACAUCGUGGCUUUCGGUCACAGAAGGAAGUUUAAACCAAUCUGUCUCGGUCUUUGGACCCAGUGCCUCAAACACUCAACACAACCCCAAUGGCUUCGGUGGCGCCACGACGUCAGCACAUGCUCUCGCCGCCAAACCCAGGAUUACUGGAAUCUUGCACCGUGGAACACCAGCGAGGAUCUCGUGGCGGCUCGUCCGGGGUGGAUUCAUGCCAGGAUCGAGUUUUUUGAGGUAGCGGACUUUACUGGCGAGGGUAGUCACGAUGAGACCGUCAAGAAAGGCGACUUUGACUAUGUGAUAUAUACCGCGGUACCGACUCUGCAUGGUACGAGGAACACGGACUAUGUAAAAUGGUAUGAGAAGCCCAGUAUUCAAGGGUGA